AAGUUUUUCCUUACCCAGAAAUUAGCAAUGAAGAACUGGCAGAAAUCAACCAGUUUGUGGGACCUGUUGAAAAGUUCUUCAAUGAAGAAGUGGACUCGAAGAAAAUCGAUCAAGAUGCAAAAAUCCCACCCGAAACCUUACAAGGACUGAAGGACCUGGGUCUCUUUGGCAUGCAGAUUCCAGAGGAAUAUGGUGGGCUGGGCCUGUCAAACACCAUGUAUGCACGUCUGGGAGAAAUCAGCUCCCUGGAUGGCUCCAUUGCAGUGACCCUGGCAGCUCACCAGGCCAUUGGGCUGAAGGGGAUCCUCAUUGCUGGCACCGAGGAGCAGAAGGCCAAGUACCUGCCCCGCCUGGCCUCGGGGGAGCACAUUGCUGCCUUCUGCCUCACCAAGCCCGGCAGUGGGAGUGAUGCUGUAUCCAUCCAGACAAGGGCAACCCUGAGUGAAGAUGGGAAACACUUCCUGUUAAAUGGCUCCAAGGUCUGGAUCUCCAAUGGUGGCCUGGCCAGUAUUUUCACAGUGUUUGCCAGGACAGAGAUUGUGGACAAGGACGGGCAGGUGAAGGAUAAAAUCACUGCUUUCAUCGUGGAGCGGGACUUCGGGGGCGUCACCCAUGGGAAACCCGAGGAUAAACUGGGCAUUCGAGGCUCCAACAAUAAGACCUGUGAAGUACAUUUUGAAAACACCAAAGUGCCUAUAGAGAAUGUAAUUGGAGAAGUUGGAGGGGGAUUUAAGGUUGCCAUGAAUAUCCUCAACAGUGGAAGAUUUAGCAUGGGCAGUGCAUCUGCUGGAAUGAUUAAGAAGUUGAUAGAACUGACAUCAGAGUAUGCUUGCACCAGGAAACAAUUCAAUAAGAAACUCAGCCAGUUUGGAUUAAUUCAGGAGAAGUUUUGUUUGAUGGCUGUGAAAGCCUACGUGAUGGAGAGCAUGGCUUACCUGACUGCAGGGAUGAUGGACAGGCCAGGCUUCCCUGACUGCUCCGUCGAGGCUGCCAUGGUCAAGGUGUUCAGCUCUGAAGGUGCCUGGGCAUGUGUGAGUGAGGCUCUGCAGAUCCUUGGAGGCCUUGGCUACAUGAAGGAUUAUCCUUAUGAACGCUACCUCAGAGACACCAGGAUCCUGCUCAUCUUUGAGGGCACCAAUGAAAUCCUGAGAAUGUACAUUGCACUGACAGGGAUGCAGCAUGCAGGGAAGAUCUUAACUGACAAAAUUAAAGCAAUCAAGAAAGGAAACGUGGGAGUGGCGCUGGGGGAGUUCCUGACCAGGUUACAGGACACCCUGGGCAGGAAGGUGGAUCUGGGGCUUGUAGGUGACAGUGGGGUGGUGCAUCCCAGCCUCCAGGAGAAUGCCAAGAAACUUGAAGAAAACGUUUAUUAUUUUGGAACUACAGUCAGGGGCCUGCUAAGUAGGUUUGGCAAGACAAUAGUGGAUGAGCAGCUGGUGCUGAAGAGAGUGGCAGAUGUGGUGAUUAAUUUGUAUGCAAUGACUGCAGCCAUCUCCCGGGCCAGCCGCUCCAUCAGCAUCGGGCUCAGGAACCAUGACCACGAGGUGCUUCUUACAAAUAUCUUCUGCACAGAAGCCUAUUUCAAGAAUAAUUAUGCCAUGGCUCAAUUAGAAAAAUAUGCUGAUGAAAACCUGGAUGAUUCCAUUAAAAAAGCUGCAAAGCAGAUCCUGGAGAAGAGGGCAUACAUCUGCUCUCACCCUCUGGACAGGACCUUCUGAUUCCUCCCUGAGAGCAGGCACACAUGAAUGUCAGUCAGGGAGGAAUUUGCUGCAGUUCCAGUAUUUGGCAUCUUAAAAGCAUCUGUUAUUUAAUGUCCUGACUAAAUGUAACUGUGUAAAAUAAAACUUCUUUCUAACCAAAA